AUGGUAAUAUCUAGGCUUACAAGGCGUGUGAUAAGGUGGUUCAGAGAGAUAAGAGGUACUUUACUUGUACCGUCUCUAAUGAUUCCUCCUUGGAUAAAGAGAUUCCUACUGCUGAUUACUUUAUUUCUGAGACCGAUCAACUGGUUAAUGAUAUCCUUGAUCCUUUGGGGUUAUUGGAAAUAA